UUGUAGUGAUGUUCGAAACUCUCGGUCUCGGUUCCUGAGUCGGGAAAUUUCCCCUCUCUAUAAUAUAAUUUACUUUUUAAAAUUUUUGAGUGGUUAAUGGUGAACAAUGUAUAGGCGCAGGAGACAACCAAGAAAAACACAACGCCAUAAUCGAAUUCAGCUAGUGGGUGGGUGGAUGGCAAACGGAUUAGGCAGUGGUUUUUGGAAAGAAGGCGCCCUAGAUCGAAAACUUCAGUCUAACAUAAUUUUUCAUAACGCAACCACACCUUGUGGGGAUGUGUCGUUGUAAUAAACACUUCCAUACACCAAUUAUAAAAUAAAUUUAAAUUUAUAAUAAAAACGAAUUAAAAUUUUUCUUUUCGUAAAUAAUGUUUGUUGUAAAUAUAAAUUAGGUUUAUGCCUAGAAUUUUUUUCAAAGUAAUUUUCGAAAAAAAUUUUUUAAGGGCAUAUACCUUAAUAAAAUAAUAACAAAUUUUUUUUGGAGGAGGAAAGGGUAUGUAAAUGAGUAAAUACAAUGAAUAAACAUUUUUGUGUCUAAAUAUAUCAGGUCAUAGCUAGAAGAGAAGAAAGAAUGGUAAAUGUAAAGAUUACUGGUCCCGAAAAAAAUGUGGAAGAAGUGGUUUUUUAAUAUUUUUGAGGUUUGCCAGUAGGUAAUCGAGUGUGCUGAGUCCGAAUCUGAGCUUAGUAUUUG